CAGGAGCAUAAGAAGCAACUCUCAAAAUGAGGAUUCAUAGCCAGCUUUGUUUUCUUGCAAGCCUGGUGCUUGUUAUUUACACUGCACCGAUUUUAAAGUACGCUGACAAAGAUGAAGCCACUGCAGAGCAUUACCUGCAGAGCUUCUACACUCUAACCGAUAUAACAAAUGAAACAACAGCCUUCCGAAGAGAAACCAGUCCACUGAUUGAGAAGAUGAAAGGGAUGCAGAAGUUUUUUGGACUUAAGGUCACUGGCAAGCUGGACAAAGAAACACUGAAGGUGAUGAAGAAGCCCCGCUGUGGAGUUCCAGAUGUUGCUGCGUACUCCACAUUUGGAGGCAAACCCAAAUGGCAGACCAACAGGCUCACUUACAGGUGUGUGUAAUAACAGUUCUCUUGGUCUCACACAAAAAAGAGUUUUAGGAGACUAUGGUGCUUCUCAAGGCCGGAAUGAUCAUUGGGCUUGACUGUGCUGCCAUUACCAGUUCACAUUGUUUGGUUUGUUCAGCCAUGACAGUCAAAAAUUAUUAGUCUCAUUUCCACUGUGCAGACAAAGCACUAAAUGGA